AUGUCCUCCUCCCCAGCCGCGAGCCCCGGCGGGUUCAGCGUGGACUGCCCGAGCCUGAGCAGCUCCCAGAGCUCACUCGGCGCCUUUGCCGUCGAGACGGGCUCCUCCUCCUCCGCCGAGCCUGUCCGCAACACCGAGCGGACCAGGCGAUACGCCUCGGGAGAGUCCUUCCGUCCCGAUGCUGGCCGGCUUACCUCCGGCCGCGCGAUCCCCAGACGAGCCUCGCCCGCCACGGCGUCGGCGCUUGACAGCGUGGCGGACGACGACAACGGCGUCUACAUGCCGCCUGCCUGGGAGGCCCUGCGCGGCCUUCCUCCUCCCAACCAUCCGGAAGAAGCUGCCCGCCGCGCUGCAAACCGGCCGCAGCCACAGGUCAAUGUGGCCGCCGAGCCCGGCGAGACGGACAGCGCCACGGACGACAGCAACAUCCCGUCGACAACUUCGAGCUUCGAGGAGGAGUUGUUCGUCAUCUACCUGAGCGACAAGGCGCUCGCCUCGCAUUGCGACUACACCAACGGCCUGAUCAUCGGCGAGCCCAGCACCGCGACGCAAAUCGACGACAACAGAGAGCAGUAG